GUCGCUUCUCUGGAAACAUCAGAAAGCGUUUGCCACCAGCAGAGUCAGUAAAUUCAGUAUCUAAAUCUUAAAAAUACAAAUUCUAAAAACAAAUAUGGGUUGCAAGGCUUGUGGAACCAACUGCCAGUGUUCGGCCACCAAGUGCGGAGACAACUGCGCCUGCAGCCAGCAGUGCCAAUGCGCCUGCAAGAAUGGACCCAAGGACAAGUGUUGUUCCACCAAGAACUAAUAAGGAAUAUAUGUGACAGCUCCUCUGGCAUACAGUGAUUCGAUGGCAUUUAAUAAUGUGUAAAUGAACAUGUAAAUUUGUGUAACCUAAUGAAACCUAAUGGAUUAAAAACAAAAUGUGUUUGUAGUUUGAAAAA